AUGGACGACCCUCACUAUCAGGACCACUCGGUUGCCGAUUGGGAUUCGACGACGCAUCACAGUCAUCAGCUUCAGAAUACUGACCAACAACUGCAAAAGGGAGAAGAAAAGAUUGGCGCCAAAGAAGACAAGGCCGUCUUUGGCAUUCGGUUGGUGGUCGUCUUGGUCUUGUUGUUGUCCACUCUGGCCAUGGCGCUCAUUGUGUACUUUUACACGAGAAAUGCUGAGGAACAAGAGUUUGAUCAGCAGUUUCAAGAUGACUCGACCAAAGUCUUUGAAUCCAUCGGAAGCAACAUUGACUUGACCCUUGGAGCCGUCGAUAACUUUGCCUUGGGGCUGGUAUCCUACGCCAGACUCUCCAACAGUACUUACCCCUUUGUCACUCUCCCGGACUUUGCCGUUCGUACGGCCAAACUACGGGCCAUUACCAAGGCUAUGGAGAUUGGAACCCAUCCUGUCGUCACGGCCAAGAACCGAUUGGAAUGGGAAGAAUACUCGGGAAAGCACGCGGCCGAAUGGAUCGACGAGAGCAUCAGAGUGCAAAGCCAGGAUCCCACCUAUCACGGGUAUCCCGUCGCCAACUGGACUGGUCUGCCCGUGAUACACACACUCAAUGGACCCAUGGAAUACAACACCAAUACGGAACUGCACAUUCCCAAAUGGACGACUUCCCCCAUUGUUCCCCAACCCUGGUCGCAGUACAAUUACGAUGUCUACAAUGACAUCAAUUUGCACGGGGCUUGUAACGCCGUCCUUGAGAAGCGAACUGUUGUCAUUGCCAAGUCGCUUAAUCUCCCCGAUCUCAACAAUCCCGUCGAAGUUGCAAUUGCCGAGGCAACUGCGGCAUGGACCAAGGCUUUUAUUGGAGAUACCGAAGAUCCAACCGAACCCCUAUCGGGAUACUACUAUCCCGUUCUGGAAGGAGCCUCCGACAAUGUCGUUCUCAACCACAAGCAAGAAAACGUACUCGGGAUUGUCAUUGUGGCAGUGUGGUGGCGCGAUUUGAUUCGCGAUAUUCUGCCGUCGGGAUCGGACGGAGUCAUUGUCGUCUUUCAGAACUGCGAACAGACAUUUACCUAUCGUGUGGACGGACCAAAGACCACCUUUCUGGGGCGCGGCGAUUUGCACGAACCAAAGUACGACUCGUACGGACAGUGGUCCUCCUUCAAAGACCUGCACACCUUUUCCGAAGGAAGCACGCGAUCCUAUUCCGGUGCUCCCUUUGACGAGGACUUUUGCCCUUAUUCGGUCGGAGUCUAUCCCUCCAGCGAUAUGGAGGACAAUCACAUCACCAACAAUCCCGUCAUUUAUAGCGUUGUGGCAAUCUCCAUUUUCCUCUUUACGUCGGUCGUCUUUUUGUGCUACGACAAGUUGGUCGAACGGCGCCAAAGGAUUGUGAUGCAGCGAGCCCUGGCGUCGGGUGCUAUCGUUAGUUCAUUGUUUCCUGAAAAAGUUAAACAGCAGCUCUAUCAAGAACAAGAGCAAGAAAAACAAAAGCAACAAAACGCAAACAACUUUACGGUCCAGCCGGAGCGUGAUAUGGCACUCAAUGGAGAUAUCAAGAAGACCAAACCCAUUGCCGAUCUUUUUGAAGAAACGACGAUCUUCUUUGCAGAUCUUGCAGGGUUCACUGCCUGGAGUUCGAAGCGAACGCCCGUGGAAGUAUUCGAGCUUUUGGAGGCCCUCUACGGUGCAUUCGAUGAGAUUGCCCGCAGACGUUGUGUGUUCAAAGUGGAGACCAUUGGAGAUUGCUACGUGGCCGUGACAGGUAUCCCGGAGCCCCAGAAGAAUCACGCGGUCAUUAUGGCUCGGUUUGCCAGAGACUGCAUGAAAGAAAUGAAACAGCUCGUUCGCGGGGAACUGUCAGACGUACUUGGCGAAGACACCAAGGAUCUUGAAAUGAGGGUGGGUCUGCAUUCUGGUUCUGCUACUGCGGGGGUGCUCCGUGGCGACAAGGGCCGAUUCCAGCUGUUUGGGGAUACGGUCAACACGGCAUCCCGCAUGGAAAGCAAUGGCGUGAAGGGGAGAAUUCACGUUUCCCAGUCCACCGCGGAUUCCUUGAGGGCGAGGGGCAAAGAGCACUGGCUCGAGGAGCGACAGGACAGGAUCGUCGCUAAGGGCAAGGGUGUGAUGCAAACGUACUUUGUCAACGUGACGGAGAGCUCGGCCAAAUCAAUCCGCUCAGGCGCUGUGUCUGUCCAAUCCAACUGCAGUUACCGCGACGAAGAUGAGGACGAGCCUGUUUCGGAGGGCUUUAGCGUUUAG